CCGUGUGGCCGUCUCUACAUACUGCAUACCGGUAUAAGGUUUCCGGUGUUAUGGCGACCACCGGCAACAUCAUCGCUUCAGCCCGGAGGAGAGCAGACUGUGCGUUCAGGGUGCUGUGAGGAGAGGCAGCUAUCUCACAUGUCUGUGUGACUCUGACUAUGCUGCUCUUGGUAGCGCUGGGCAUCGUUUUUUCUUUCGCUGUGGUCACCACUGAGAGCUCUGAGAACACCAACCACAAGCCACCAGCACCAGCACCACCGCUGCUCAACUACGGCGUGAUCUCCCUGCCGCCAGAGCAUGUACCCUACUUCCUCUACAACAACAAGAGGGUCGCCAAGCAAUGCCGCCUGGACCCACUCUGCCCCUUUAAAGAUGCACUGCAGGAUCCGUCUGCGUGUUGGGGUUAUGAGAAGAACUGUGAUCCUGGGAAGCGCUUCAGCUAUCCAGCCUGUACCAAAGCUGACUCUGGAUGGGCCCAUUCACUGGAGGCAGCCCGGGAGCUUUUCUGGAAGCAGGCUGAUUUUGGCUACGUCAAGGAACGCCUCUCUGAGAUCAAAACACUCUGCAAGGCCGUCAAGCCAGGGGACUCGUCUUUAAAAUGUAGUAGCCACACUCGCUUCUGUAAGGCAACCAACCUUUACCUGGACUUGCGUAAACCACGCAGAAGUCAUGAGAGAUACAAGGAGGACUUCAUUCAGGAGGGUGAGAUUGGCGGUCGUUGCAGCCUGAACAAGCGUGCACUUGCUGCAGAAGGGCAGCACAAGAGCCCCUUACAAUCAUGGUAUGCUGAGCUGCAGACAUUUACAGAGCUGGACUUUAAUCCCAUAGAGGAUGGACACUGUGACAUCAUUGUAGAAAAACCCACUGUUUUCAUGAAACUGGAUGCUGGGGUGAACAUGUACCACCACUUUUGUGACUUUGUCAAUCUCUACGUCUCCCAGCAUAUUAACAACUCCUUCAGUUCAGAUAUCAACAUCAUCAUGUGGGACACGAGUUUUUAUAGUUAUGGAGAUCUGUUCAGUGAAACAUGGAGGGCCUUCUCAGAGUAUGACAUCGUCCACCUGAAGACCUAUGACUCGAAAAGAGUGUGCUUCAAAGAUGCCUUCUUCUCCCUCCUUCCGAGAAUGAGAUAUGGCCUCUUUUACAACACCCCUCUCAUCUCAGACUGCUCCAGUGAAGGAAUGUUCAGGGCGUUCUCCCAGCAUGUCCUCCAUCGACUGAACAUCCCACAAGAUGGGCCAAAGGAGGGGCGUGUUCGUGUCACCCUGCUGGCUCGCAGCACAGAAUACAGAAGGAUAUUAAACCAAGUGGAGCUGGUAAAUGCCCUCAAGACUGUGCCUUUACUGGAGGUCAAUGUGGUGGACUACAAAUACAAAGAUGUUCCCUUCCUGGUGCAGUUGAGGAUCACCCACAACUCUGACAUCUUUGUAGGGAUGCACGGGGCGGGUCUCACGCACCUCCUCUUCCUCCCUGACUGGGCUGUCAUCUUUGAGCUAUAUAAUUGUCAGGAUGAGAGCUGCUAUCGAGAUUUGGCUCGGCUGCGGGGCAUUCGUUACGUGACUUGGCAGAAAAUGGACAAAGUGCUCCCACAGGACAAGGGUCACCAUCCAACCCUCGGGGACCAUCCGAAGUUUACCAACUACUCCUUUGAUGUGGGGGAGUUCAUGCGCCUCGUGCUGGAGGCAGCUGAUUACGUCACACACCAUCCCAAAUGGCAGCGUCGGACUCUUCAUGAUGAACUCUAGAGUCUCUGUGAGUGUGGGACAGAAAGACUUUCACAUGAAGCUGCCAUUUGUUGUGAUCUAAAGACGACCUCACAUCAGCAGUUCUUUUAAAAAACUUUUAUAAAAAUUUACCUCAUCCACCAAUGGAUAUUAGUGGUCUGGUGGUGUAUUCGUCACCUCCUGUCCAUUUGCUUUGAUGGGUCUGGAUGGGUGAAAGCAGUACGGCGGACAACUCGGGGGUUAAAUAGCUUCCAUCAGCUCCAUUAGUGUCAAAUCAGUUAGAGGACGAGGCGCGUGCAGUCAGAGCAUCUGGAGAGAGAUAAGAUGCGUCCUAUGUUUCUUCGUUACCUCCGCUGCAUCUACUUCAUUCCACACCGACAAAGUUAGCUAAUGAGCAGCUGUUGCGGCGUCCCUUCACAUGCGACAUCUUGUCACAUUUGAUCAGAGUCACCUUGAUGCGAGCUUCUUCAGAGCUGCUGACAAUCACACCCGUUUCUGAGCACAUCCAGCAUACGGCAGUCUAAUAUGAUGUGCAGUAUUUACAUGCUGGAUUCGUUUGCAUAUAAUUGCAGACUUGGACUUUUUUUUUUUAAAGUAGUUCGGCAUGUGAAUUCAUGUGGUCUUAAGUUAUGUCAAACAGUAAUUUAAAAAAAUAUGACAAGGAAGAUAAGACACUCCUACUGCUAAGAGGAAUCAGUAUUGGUGUUUGUAUGUAUGCAAGUACAGCAGUACUUUUAAACACACAGUACUGUGAAACAUUAUACAAGCAUUUGCCAGAGUUUUAUGCAGUGUAAUGAAAAUGAUGUUGCUUGCUUCUCAGCUAAUAUCCAAUUUUUUCAUCUUUAUUUACAGUUUACAAGGGUUUGUAACAUUUAUUAUUUAAACAUGUUAGUCAUACUGAUGUAUUUAUUAUUAAUUCAUUUACAUUUUAGCAAAGGAAUUGCAUUGUCAGUAUAGUCAAAUGAUGCAGGUGCUGCUGUUGUCCAUUACCUUCCCUUUUGAAUGCUAUUUUUUAUCUCACAGUCUGAAAUGGAAUGAGCAUAAUUUGCAUGUAGUCUGACGCAAUGCACGAGUAUUCUGGGCGCUCAGAAGAUCAUUUUUGUGUUUCUUGGCCUUUCCGUAAGCUUGAUGUUUUAUUUAUCAAUGCCGUGUUGAACUCAGAAAGACCUCUUUGGUCAGGGCUUUGCUUUGCAGGCGAUUUCAUAUUCAAAAGCUGUGUAAUAUGUUGAAAUAAAUAAUUCCAAAAAAAA